UAAGUUCUCUGAUGUAUGGUUCGAUUUAUCAGAAGUCAAAAUCUCGUCUUUUCCUAUAAACAAUGGAAUCCAUAGAUUCUUUGAGCCGUCAACAACGACAUAAUUUUAUUCUAAAAAAUUUUAUAUUAUCCAGUAAAUCAAAUCAACAUAAUCACGAUAUAGAUGUUAUCAGAGAACAUCACCGCUUUUUAUGGGAUGAAAAUGGAAUUUCCGACGACUGUUCCUGGGAGGAACGUUUGGCAAGAAGAUACUAUUGCAAAUUGUUUAAGGAAUAUUGCAUAGCAGAUUUAACUCGCUACAAAGAGAAUAAAGUGGCUUUACGAUGGCGUACUAAAGACGAAGUUGUCAGCGGUAAGGGUCAGUUUAAAUGUGGGAGCCGAAAAUGUGAGCAGCAAGAAAACUUGCGUACCUGGGAAGUCAAUUUUGCUUAUCGAGAGCAAGGACAACAUAAAAAUGCCCUAGUAAAAAUACGACUGUGUCCCAAACAUUCAGAAGAGUUAAAUUACACUUCACGAAAACGAGAAAUUAAGCGACUAAAAAAAUCAAAGGUACCACAUGGAGGCUCAAAAACAAGUUCAAAGGAAAUCCAAAAAAAUUCCACAGAAAUAAAAGAAGAAAUCGCGGAUUCAUCGAGUUACUUACAAAAUAACACACAGGGCAAAGAGCUCAAAGAUGUAACGCAUGGGAACGAGGACAAAAUUUGGAGUCGAAAGCCAGACAUUGGUUUAGAACAAUCUUCGCGAGAAAGUGAUUUUGAACGGUAUUUAGAGGACUUGCUCUUAUAAGUAAUCUAGAAGAAGCUCGAAUUUUAAAUAAUUUCGAUGGCAAAUGGAUAAAAGUUUUUAAAUUUCUAUUCGAAGAUUACGUAAUCUUCUUUUUGAAUUAUAAUAUGAUGUGUGGGUAGGAAUAUGAUGAAUUUUGUAUGAACUUGUUUUUUAGAGUUAAAAAAGGCAUAACUCUUUAUCAAUGAAUAAAUAUGAAUCGGUGAUGAUUUCAUAAACUUUCUUUUUCACU